UGUUCACAGAUAACAUAACAAUACCCCGCGAUAACAGAUUAAACGUUUAAAGGAGCGGGCAAACGGGAUAUAGAUUAGGCAGCGUAAGGUUGGACAUUUUCGAACUGACGCUGUGACAUUGUUUGGAUAUAUUAAACACCACUGUGAAAAUGGGUUUGAAGACGUUUUUGUUGAUUCAGACCUUACUAGUGUUGAUUUUGGGAGUUGAGUACAUAAGUAUGGCUGCAACAUCACCUGCGUCAAGCAUGACAGGAGGCGUAUCAUUAGCCAACAAUACCUCGAAGAUAGAAACACCAUCGACAUCACCAACACCAGUAAAAUCAUCAGCAACACCAUCGCAAACUACAACAGGAAGAGCGUCAUCAACAACAACAAUGGCACCUAAAUCAGGCAGAGAAGGAGACGCAACAAAUUCCACCAACAUAACAACCACAAGUUCAUCCACAAAAACAACAUCGAACUCAGUAACUACAACAAAACCAACAGCAACCAAAACACCAACUACGACAACCGAUACGUCGACAGUGUCAACGGGCCAAACUAACGGCACAACACCAGUUACUAAUUCAAGCACUUCUAUUAAUGCAGCUUCCGGAAACAGCAGUACAACACCAACUGUUAAUACAUCGUCGACCAUAAAGGAAACAACAAUUACGGAGACUCCAAUGACCAGUGAACCUACGACAGCACCUGUUCCAAUCAAUUCAACGUCAGCAAAUAUGAAUACUACAGUUGCUGAUGUUAAAAAUAAAACAACUACUGCUAAUCCAAAUACAUCCACUCAAUCAUCAGCCAGCACAACCGCCCCAUCCUCCACUCCAGCAACAAGUGCAGCUGCAACAACAACUACUGCUGACCAUAACGCGACAUCCCCAAGCACAGCAAUCCCGACCUCAACUCCAGCAACAAAUACAACAUCACCUACUGCUGACCAUAACGCGACAUCCCCAAGCACAGCAAUCCCGACCUCAACUCCAGCAACAAAUACAAAAACACCUACUGCUGACCAUAACGCGACAUCCCCAAGCACAGCAAUCCCGACCUCAACUCCAGCAACAAAUACAACAUCACCUACUGCUGACCAUAACGCGACAUCCCCUAGCACAGCAAUCCCGACCUCAACUCCAGCAACAAAUACAACAACACCUACUGCUGACAUAAACGCAACAUCUCCAAGCACAGCAACCCCGACCUCCACUCCAGAAACAGAUUCAGAAGCUACUGUUUCGCAAACAACAGAAACUGUAACCCAAACUGAUACGACCAAGCCUGCAAAUACAACAAACGCAACAACUAGCGCACCGCAAUCAACAGACGCAGUAACAACACUCGACAACAGCACGACCCCAAAAGUUACUACCACAAAAAGCACGACUGGUACAAGCGAGAUGACAACAGUUACUGAAGAACCGACUACUACAGCGGAAGCCAUCUCAACAACAACGACAACGAAGUCACCAACAACUACAGAUAUUGAUGAAUGCGCUAGUGAUCCUUGCCACAACGGAGCCACAUGCAAUGACCUUGUGAAUAACUUCACGUGCAUAUGUGACCCGGGGUACAGUGGACUCACCUGUGACGAAAAUAUAGACGAAUGUUCGAUAAAUACACAUGAUUGCAGCCGGGACGCGAUCUGUACCGAUACCGACGGAAGCUUUAACUGCACGUGUAGGACUGGAUUUGAAGGAAAUGGGAAAACAUGCACGGAUAUUGAUGAAUGCGCUAGUGAUCCUUGCCAUAACGGAGCCACAUGCAAUGACCUUGUAAAUAACUUCACGUGCAUAUGUGACCCGGGGUACAGUGGACUCACCUGUGACGAAAAUAUAGACGAAUGUUCGAUAAAUACACAUGAUUGCAGCCGGGACGCGAUCUGUACCGAUACCGACGGAAGCUUUAACUGCACGUGUAGGACUGGAUUUGAAGGAAAUGGGAAAACAUGCACGGAUAUUGAUGAAUGCGCUAGUGAUCCUUGCCAUAACGGAGCCACAUGCAAUGACCUUGUAAAUAACUUCACGUGCAUAUGUGACCCGGGGUACAGUGGACUCACCUGUGACGAAAAUAUAGACGAAUGUUCGAUAAAUACACAUGAUUGCAGCCGGGACGCGAUCUGUAACGAUACCGACGGAAGCUUUAACUGCACGUGUAAGACUGGAUUUAAUGGAGAUGGGAAAACAUGCACGGAUAUAAAUGAGUGUGAGAAUUCCACCCUCUGUACGCCAGGAAAAUGCUUCAACGUACAAGGCUCGUUCAAAUGCUACUGUGGUAAUAGUGGAAUGACAGGAGAAUAUUGCAAAAACGAUAUUAAUGAAUGCGAUGAACCAUCGCCCUGUGAUAACCACGCGGACUGCCAGAACUAUGACGGUGGGUACAACUGUUCGUGCCGGUCUGGGUUCCGAGGAGACGGCCACAACUGCAUACGUGAAGUACUACUCAGCAUUUCACAAGGACAAAGGCAAACUUCAGGGGACGAUCAAGUUUUUGGACCGUUUCGUCUCGAGAACGGCAUUCCGUUUUAUGGAAAACUGUAUGAUACUUUUUAUGUAAACGUAAAUGGAUUUAUAACGCUUGGUCGACCUCUACAAAAAACCUAUCCACCCCAAACUUCUGAGGAAUGGAAGACGUAUGAUUUCCCAAUUAUUGCACCGUUUUGGUCCGACAUUCAGUUGGGAUCCAGUGGAUAUAUAGACAUUCAACCAAAGGCAAACGUUGCAGACUUGGAUGAAAUUAAUACUGCGUUUAAUUUAUCUUCUCUUAACCCUAGUCAAGCCAUUGUGGUCACAUGGAAACAGGCGGUGCCGUACCCAAGUUCACAGAACGAGAAAUACGAAGUAGCCGAUUUCCAGGCUAUAAUUGCUACGACCUCAACUGAAACAUUUUUAAUGUAUAAUUUUGACCGUCAAAACUUUUCUUGGCGAAAUGACUUGGACCGAAUAGUCUCAAUUUCAUACUCUGGAGCUACGAAUAAUAUAAAUACCGCCUUCAACAGUGGAAACUUCACAAAAGCAAACAUGAUAUCCAACAUUGGAUUCGAUGGUCGAUGGAGAUUUAACGUCACCGCAUCGGGCACUGAAGCUUUGGCCAAGUUGAAAUGCUAUGAACGUUCUAAAGGGAAGAACUUGAAGGCUGUGAUUCAAAAUGCAACGCUGCAUGCUCGACCGUGUCCUUGUACAUUAGCCCAAGCACAAAUGGAUAACAGAUACAGAUAUAAGGAAUAUGUUGGCGGUGUAGUUAAAUACACAACAGUCUUUCCGUCUUAUCUUGCAUACAAAGACCGGGAUUUAAAACUAGACCAAAGCUGUCAUUAUAGCAGCCUGGACAGUACGCUUUUAAAGGGAUAUCCGGCAGGCGGAUAUUUGGAGAUUAUUAACAAUACAGAAUUUGAUGACUUUAAGUCACAUUGUUGUGCAGAUUCCAAAUGCAAUGAAAUAUUCUAUUUGCUGAACCCUCCUGACACGUGCUCAAGCUACAGACCGCCAUCCUGGGCGCCAUCAUGGGGUGACCCACACAUUAAAACCAUCGACGGGGCUGAAUAUACAUUCAAUGGUCUUGGAGAUUUUACACUUCUUAAAACAGAGUCUGGAGACAAAUCGUGUGAAAUACAGGCCCGCACUGAGUAUGCGCGUGCAGGGAACACUGAUGCUACAAUAUUUACUGGUGUCGCAAUGAAGGUUGGAGGAAGUGACACUGUGGUGGUAUUAUUGAAUACGACGACGGAAACAGCAAAAAUUUAUAGUAAUGGUACAUUUGUGAACGAUUUCCCGCACAAUUUCACAGUAGACAACAUUGCUGUCCAAAGCCGAGGGGACAAUCUUCUUGUUUUGACUUCUGCAGUAGGAGUUUCUUUGCAAGUGACCAUCACAAACAUACUUGACAUUGUUGUGAGUAUUCCGUCUGAAAAGGAUCAUUUCAACAAAACUAGUGGUUUGCUUGGCAACAAUGAUGGAAUUAAUACAAAUGAUUAUAUUGCCAAAAAUCACACGCAAUAUGAUUUCGGAAGCAAUGAAGAAAAGCUCUAUUCCUUUGGAAUGUCAUGGAAAAUAACCACAAAGAAUGAAUCAAUAUUUUUUGAUGAACUUUAUAACACAAUCCACGGCGGAACUCCGAAAUUUCUCAGUGAUUUAAAUGAUGAAGCUAUUAUAACGUACUUAAAUUCAACUUGUCCUGAAAUUAACCUUACCAGUGUUUUUGACAAUUGUGCCAACAACUCGGCCUGCCUUGUUGAUACAAUUGGAACAUGCGAUGAGGCAUUUGGGAAACGUUCAAAAGAGACACAAGAAACAGCUAAUGGAGAGGCUUCAGUACUUCAAAACUUGCCGCCGAACAUAACAACCGUUGGCAACACUAACGUACUAAAAUUUUACUACAAUACGACAUUUAAUAUUUCACUUGGUGUCACUGAUGACGACCUAAAGGAAGUGAAGUGCGAAACAGACAUUCCGGAAGAUAUGUUCACAUUUGAUAAUUCUUCAUAUAACUUCAUUGUUAAACAAGAUUUUCUAGAAAAACUUCGCAAUGAUUCGCAUGAAUAUAAUGUAAGAUUUGUAGCCACCGAUGAAAAGAAUGCAUCCAGUGAAUUAGUACCUGUCAUUCACUACUGUGGAUGCAACACGCGCGAGGAGUGUGUCUUCACAUUUGUCGAUGUAGAUGGAACAGUUAACGGCUCAUUUUACAAAGCACGAUGCAACUGUUCCGAGGAGCGUUCGGGUGCAUAUUGUCAAAGUAACUCGUGCACGAAUUGUUAUAAUGGAAGCGAAUGUGUGAAUGGUAGCUGUCCAUCUUGUCCUGCUGGACUGUCCGGUCAUGGGAUAAAAUGUUUUGAUAUUGAUGAAUGCGCAAGUACAUGUCAACAUGAACACAGCUAUUGUACAAACACUGUCGGUUCUUUUACAUGUGGAUGCGAAUCUGGCUACAAGAUUGAUACAAAUGAACUAUGUUCAGAUAUAAAUGAGUGUCAGAUUGGAACUGAUAAAUGCUUAGACAGCCAAUAUUGCAUCAACACCAACGGUUCCUUCAGGUGUGACUGCAAACCAGGAUUUGCAAAAGAAGACCAUAACAAUGGCACUAUAACUUGUAUAAAAAGCGAAGGUCGUUCUUUCGCCGGAUAUUUGAUAAUUGAAGUUGAUCCUUCUUUUAUGUUAAAUGACACAAACAUUGAAAACAGCAUCAAAGUGUUUAUGGAGAAAAAUGUGUUUAACACAAUCCCUGGUGUCUACAUUGAAGUUUAUUUGCAACAAGUAGAAAGAAGGAAACGUGCCGCCGAAAGAACAAAACGUAGAGCGCAGUUUGUAGUGCAUUCUACGAAAAAUCAAACGAUAACAGAAGAAGACAUUUCGAAAUCAUUCAAAGAUUAUUUCACAAAAAACGAAGUUCUUGAUAUUCCAGUGGAAAUAUACAAUGAAAUUCAUUUUUAUAACGACUCUGCAGGGGGCCAGUGCAAUAUUCCUGGAACUCACGAAUGUUCUGCCGCCACAACGCAUUGCGCAUCUUUCAGUGGGUCGGUUCGCUGUGUCUGCAAUGCGGGGUAUAAGGAAUGGGAUAUACCCGGUAUUAGCUGUAAAGAUAUUGAUGAAUGCCAAAAUUCUUUGACUGUUUGUUCUGGAGGAGAGUGCAGUAAUACCUUAGGAAGUUAUAGUUGCACGUGUAAUCCGGGGUUUAGUUAUGAUGGGAAUUCUACGUGCAUUAAUUUGUGUUCAUCACAUCCUUGUCUUAACGGAGGUACCUGUUACUCUGGUCAGGUGGAAGGACAAUACGUAUGCAAAUGCAGUGAUAAUUGGGGUGGACAGCAAUGUGGAGAUGAAAAUUCUGAAAACAAAAAGUUAAAAACAAUUGCAAUUGCUGUCGGCGCGACUCUAGGGGCCGGCUGCCUUCUUCUACUGUGUGUCAUGUUUGGAAUGUACAGACGAAACAGGACAAGGUACCGUUACCUAGACAGUUAUAUCCGCCGGCCCAUCUCUAGAUCCGAAGACCACGACGAUAAUUACGACCUAACAGGAUCAACAACGUUCAACAACUCUGAAAUACGUCUUAAGAAGAGAGAGUUCCCCAUCGAUGAUGGUGAUACCCCCUCAAACUUCAGUAUCCCUCGGCCUCAGGUUUCCUCCAAUAAAUACAGGCAGUCUGAGGUUCCCUCGGCGUAUGAUUUUGGAGGAAAUAACGAAAGUGGAAAGGAUGACGAGGAGAGACCACUUACUAAGUCUUCAAGGAGGUCAGACACCGGUGAGAGCCUUGGGGCAGAAAAUCCUUCCUUCUUGCACAGUGGUGCCUCUGCCAAUGUUAAGACAAACCGAUCUAGUCGAGGGUCGUACGAAUACUUCUGAUGGCCAUCGUCCUAAUCCACGCAACAUUACUUCUAUUAUUUUACGUAGUUACUAAAUGGAGUUAAACCUUACAAAUAGCUAUGGCACUGAGAACGCUGAUGAUAUGUUAACGGAACAGAGUCUAACUCAGUGGUCAAUUUGACAAUCUUAAAUAUACAUAUUUAUUUAACACACCUUUAUACAAUUGAAGGGAUAUUAUCUGCUAUAAGUUAGGACAUUGUUUGUACAUACCGUAAUUACCUUAUUUAAUGACAGUAUUUAUUAAAAAAACCAUAUGACCUUAAGUGUGCCAAAACAUCCAAUAUAAAUGCAAGUACAGAUGUUUAAUAGACAGGGAAAAUCAAAACCCCAUUUCUUCUAUAGAUGAUCAAAAUGUACCAUACCUAUAUAUUAUACAGACUUACUUGUUUUAGUUAUAGCAAUUCUAGUGUUUAAAGCAUUACUAUUUAUGUAAGUAAGAUAAACUGCUGUUCACGUAAAGCCAUUAUCAACGACAAGUUCACUUAAAUGUUAUAUUGUAGCAUCUUUUUGAUUUGAUAUGCUUUAGUUAUUUAGUUGUUUCCUCUCCUCUUUUUUUAAAUUAUAUAAACAGUUAUUAAUGAUCAGUAUUUAAAUAAAAUGUGAAACUUAUGCUUGCAGGGGCAUAUAUUCAGCGACGGAAUAAGUCUGGUUUUGUCAUUCAAGACUCGAUAUCUUUAUUCAUUGUUAAAUUGCUUUGUAUAACAUAGCUUCCAAAACAUACAGAUGACAAGAAAAAAAUAUAUGUAUAUCGGCAUGAUUUAUCGGCAAACCUUGGAAAUAACCGACUGACAGCAAAACCAUAAAAAAUAUUACAAUAUUGCUUUCUGUUGAUUUAUAGAUAUUUAUCAGUGAAAUAAAUUAAUGUUUUACAGUUACAAACAAUGAACAUUUCAAUUUAAAAAAUUGUUAGGUUUAACCUGUUUAAAUAUUAUCUCUCUCUCGCGACCAAAUUAAAUUUCAAUGCGAAAAGGGCUGAGAGAAGUCAUUUUCGAAAUGACGUCACGGUCGCAUACAAAUGGGCGCGCUUUUCAGAAAAGCAACAUUUAAAUUUUAUUUUAUAUUCUUUUUAAGGAAAAGAAUGUUUUUUUACAUGUUAAUAGAGUUGUAUGUAUUUGACUUAUAAUACAAAUACAGUUGUCAUAGUAUGAUAUUGUAAAUUUGAUGUGAUUUUAUAAACACGUUUUUCCUUGUAGAUCAGAGAUAAAUAAAUACGUGCCUUUUUGCGUUGAAUAUUAUAUAAUCAGGGUGUAUUUUUGUAUUUUUUAUUUGAUUCACUUUGAAUUCAUUAAAUACAGGGGCGUAUCUUUAGCAUUUUAAUUAUAGUUACGGACCCAUGAAAGAGCUAUUGAUAAGUGUAAAUCUUUCAUAAGAAUAGUCACAAUAUGUUAUACGGGGAUGGAGAAGGAGAGAUAUCCCUUACCCUUCGACAUUUUUUUUAAUAAUAAUGACACGAAAGAACCAUUUAUAAGCAUUCUAAGCGCAAACAUUCAGUUGAAAUGCGACAAACUGUUACCAGUAAAAAGAACAUGGCCUUCAGAUUUUUUUACUACUGAUCUCGAGAUUUAAUUGCUAUUUUAGGGGAACCAAACCUGCCAUGUUCGCUCCGGACGUACUGGAUAGGUACGCCUCUGAAAUAAAUUUAUAUAUGUUUUUGCAUGUGCCUUUCAAAUAAGGGUGUUGAAUGAUUAUUAUUUUCCUGAGUCUAUUUUUCUCUCAAUAAAACACCUUAUGAAAGUGAAUAACUGUAGGUUUGUUUACGCAAGUGUUGUUGAAUGAGUGAUAUACACAAUAAUAAUGAAUCUGUGAGAAUAUGAACAUAAUAAAAGGAGAUUUCUAAUGGCUUAUGAGCCGUCAUGAUUGUUUUAACUUCAUUGUUACACAAAAAAUAAAAUAUAUACUCAUA